UGGCUGCCAGAGUAGUGUGAGCCCAGGUGACGUGUCUCCAGUUUUUUCCCAAUAAUUAUCAGAAUCUGAAAGAUGAAUGCGUUUAAACGGGACAAAAAGGAGGAGGAGGAUGGAGGAGGGAACCCGUUCCAGAACCUGGAGAAGACGACCGUCCUCCAGGAGGCGCGCACGUUCAACGACACGCCAGUGCACCCCCGCAAAUGUUCCCACAUCCUGACGAAGAUCCUCUACCUGAUAAACCAGGGGGAGGUCCUGGGGGUGACCGAAGCGACCGAGACAUUCUUCGCAAUGACGAAGUUGUUCCAGUCUCGCGACGUCGUGCUGCGUCGUCUAGUCUACCUCGCGAUAAAGGAGCUGAGCACAAUAGCUGAGGACGUGAUAAUCGUGACGUCGAGCCUAACGAAGGACAUGACCGGAAAGGAGGACCUGUACCGAGCAGCUGCAAUCCGCGCCCUGUGCACGAUAACAGACGCAGCAAUGCUGGCAGCCAUCGAGAGAUACAUGAAGCAGGCGAUCGUGGACAAGUCCCCAGCGGUCUCCAGUGCGGCCCUGGUCUCCUCCCUGCACCUCUCGAGUGUCUCGGCCGACGUGGCGCGUCGCUGGGCGAACGAAGCCCAGGAGGCCCUCAACUCCGACAACGUUAUGGUCCAGUACCACGCCCUGGGUGUCCUCUACCAAGCGAGGAAGCAGGACAAGCACGCAGUCAUCAAGCUGGUGGCGAAGCUCAUGAGAACCAGCCCCAAGAGCCCUUACGCAGCCUGCAUGCUCAUCAGAAUGGCCUGCAAACUCCUGGAGAACUCCAACGAAGGUGGUGACCUCCUCGAGUUCAUCGAGUCGUGCUUGAGACACAAAUCCGAGAUGGUGGUGUACGAGGCAGCACAUGCCCUCGUCAAUCUCAAUAGAAGUGGAAUCAGGGAGAUCGCACCUGCCAUCAGUGUUCUCCAGCUAUUCUGUGGCUCACCAAAACCGGCUUUGAGAUUCGCUGCUGUCAGGACUCUGAACAAAGUCGCUAUGACCCAUCCUGCUGCUGUCACUGCCUGCAAUCUGGAUUUGGAGAACUUGAUUACUGAUCCCAACAGGUCCAUCGCAACCCUAGCAAUCACGACUCUCCUGAAAACAGGAGCUGAGAGCUCUGUGGACAGACUGAUGAAGCAAAUCGCGACAUUUGUGUCCGAAAUUUCUGACGAGUUCAAGGUGGUCGUGGUCCAAGCCAUCAGGGCUCUUUGCCAGAAGUUCCCCAGGAAGCAUGCAGUCCUCAUGAAUUUCCUGUCUGCGAUGCUGAGGGACGAGGGGGGCCUCGAGUACAAAGCUGCCAUUGCGGAUACGAUAAUUGCGGUGAUGGAGGGGAAUGCUGAGGCCAAGGAGGCGGGUCUCGCUCAUCUCUGCGAGUUCAUUGAGGACUGCGAGCACACAUCACUCGCUGUCAGGAUCCUCCAUCUACUGGGGCAGGAGGGACCCACUUCCAAGCAGCCUUCGAGGUACAUCAGGUUCAUUUACAACAGGGUCAUUCUGGAGAGUGCCUCGGUCAGGGCUGCUGCGGUCACUGCACUCGCGAGAUUCGCCGCUGCCUGCCCUGAUCUUCUUCCUAACGUACUUGUGCUGUUGUCGAGAUGUCAAUUGGAUUCAGACGACGAAGUACGUGAUCGUGCAGCUUACUACUGCACAAUUCUCCAGCAACACCAGGACCCCAGUGUCCUGCCCCUGAUUCAGCCACCGCAGCUGUCAAUUCCGAGCCUAGAAAGAGCCCUGAGGAACUACGUGAAGACAGGAAUGGAGGAGCCCUUCGACAUAUCCCAGAUACCUCCGGCAGCCCUCGACAAGGAGCCAGUGGCCCAAGAGAUACAGUUUUCAGCAAAGCCCGCCCAGCCACGACUCACCAGGGAGGAGAGCUACGCCGAGAAGCUCUCCCAGGUGCCCCAGCUCGCUCCCAUCGUCCAGGAGUCACCCCUGUUCAAAUCCUCAUCAGUCUUCGAGCUCACUGAGUCAGAGACUGAGUACAAUGUCAAGUGUAUCAAGCACUCACUCGGGGAUUACCUCAUUCUGCAGUUUGAUUGUGUUAAUACACUGUCUGAUCAACUGCUGGAGAAUGUCUCUGUCGCUGUCGAGGCACCUGAGGGCUACACUGUCAUUCAGGAAGUCGUCUGCCCUAAAUUGCCGUACAAUGAGCCUGGUGUUACUUACACUGUGCUGAUGUACCCUGAGGACCCUGAGGCCUCCAUUGCCACUGUCCCGACGACUUUGAAAUUCGUUGCCAAGGACUGCGAUCCCACCACCGGACUUCCUGAGGCUGAACAGGGGUAUCAGGACGAGUACAUGCUCGAAGACCUUGAGAUAACGCUGUCAGACCAGAUGCGUGGCUCGGGCUCGAGGGGAAUGGACAUGGGAGCUGCCUGGGAGGCAGCACCGACACGUGGCUUCACCUGCAUGGAAGACACAUUCGCUCUGGGGGCCAAUGUAACAACUCUCGAGGCUGCAGUGCAGAGUUUGCUCGGAUUCUUGGCACUUGAGCCUCAGGAGAGGAGUGACAGGGUCGCCGCAGGGGCCACCUCGCACGUUCUGAAGCUCCACGGCUUCUUCAGGGGUGGUAAGGAGAUAUUCGCGAGGGCCAGAUUGGCCCUCGCCAAUUCCGAAGUCACCAUGCAACUUUCCAUUCGAUCCCAGGACCCCGACGUGGCAUCUGUUGUCCUUGCUUCUGUGGGGUAAUCCAUCGGGAUCGUCGAGAUGAUGUGGAAAUUGUACAGAUACUGAAAUUUAUUAUCAUUAACCACUAGAUUAAUUGAACUUUCAACAUUGUAAUCGUUUUUUUUUCAUUCGUGUAUUCGAAUAUUUCAAUAAAAUAUUUUAAAGUGGGA